GCGGGGUUUCUAGCGUCAAACUCGGGGCUGACGCUUUACGUAAGAGGAACGCAGUACGCGCGCGCAUGACGCAGUUGCCCAUGGUAACCGGGAGCCGCGUAGAGGAUGGGUUUGCUGUCAAUUCUGCGUAAACUGAAGAGUGCACCAGACCAGGAGGUAAGAAUCCUCCUCCUGGGAUUGGAUAAUGCGGGCAAGACCACACUUUUGAAACAACUAGCAUCUGAAGAUAUCACUCACAUCACUCCUACACAGGGUUUUAACAUUAAAAGUGUGCAAGCGCAAGGUUUCAAGCUGAAUGUGUGGGACAUUGGUGGACAGAGGAAGAUCAGACCUUAUUGGAGGAAUUAUUUUGAGAAUACCGAUAUCCUGAUUUAUGUCAUUGAUAGUGCUGAUAGAAAGAGAUUUGAAGAAACUGGUCAAGAGCUAGCGGAACUCUUAGAUGAAGAGAAGCUAAGUGGUGUUCCUGUGCUCAUCUUUGCAAACAAACAAGAUUUGCUGACGGCAGCCCCUGCUGCAGAGAUUGUAGAGGGUCUGAACUUGCACACGAUCCGUGACAGAGUCUGGCAGAUUCAGUCUUGUUCGGCCCUCACAGGAGAGGGUGUGUCGGAUGGCAUGAACUGGGUCUGCAGAAAUGUCAUUGCAAAGAAGAAGUAAGCCAAACUGAAUUACAUGGAAUCAGAGGGGCUGCAGGAGCCAAACACUCUAGCUGGCUGCUAGUAUCUGACCAAACAUUUUUCCAUCUGUGUGCAGCUAUAGCUGUUAGAAAUGGGAACAGCGGCUGAGCCUACUUCUCAAAUUGGAACUUUCCCUUCUCUCUUGUAUCAUUCUCCUCCCCCCAUAAAUGCAUUUCUCCCCCACCCCUCCCUCUUUUGGUAUAAAUAGUACUGAAGGUCUCCAUGUUCAUCUGACUGAAGCAUAAGAUUUGAAAACAGGAGCAGGCUGCAGGCUGGCACAAAGACUUCCGGUGGGUUCUGCAGAGUUCAAGGAUGGUCAUGGCAACGUGUACAGGAGCCUGCUUCAGUUCUGAAAUCACUCAGGAUGCUCACCUGGUCCCACUCAAAGCUUUUCCCAUCAGCAAAUGAGAUGGUGUUUUGUUGGUAUCUGUGCUUACAUUUUAAAAUGAUGUUACUUUGUACAGUAUAUUGCUGGCAAGUCACUCAUACGGGCUCAUGACGAGCCUUUAUAAUAAGGUUCCUAUCUGUCUGUCCUUCCUUCCACAAUGACCUAUGUUGCAACACAAGUUCUUCAUAGUUUGAAUGCAAGAAGCAGCAGGGGACUAGAGAUGUUAUCAUUUGUUCAAAUAAAGCAGUGUCAGGCAGCAGUGCAAUGUUCCAUUUAUGGCUGGUAUAAACAUUUCCAAGAAUGUAGGCUUAGGACAAACCAAGAGCUCUUUUGCAUUCAGCUUUGUUGCAUAGUAAAAGUCCCUCCAUGAGGGUGGAGUUUAACAACAUAGUGGCAGGGAAUUCAGUGCUCCAGGUCUAAACUGCAUGGUACUGGAUAACGGUUUUCUUCAUCUUUUUUUAAAGGGGGGGCUGUACCUGAAUCCUAUAAGCAAUGUAGCAAAUGUACUUCUCCAAGGAAGUCUAAACAGUAAUAGACUUGGGUUAGCAAAGGUCAAUGUGGUGGCUCCAUCCAACCAAGUUGUGGCUGUAUAGUCUGGGAUCACUUUUUUCCUGAGUCUGAGCUACUUCCUGCAUUUCUAGUUUAGAACUAAUAUUCAGAAUAAGCUGUGCAUGAAGUAGCUGUGUGGAUGUGUUCAAAAAGAGAUACCCUUCAAGAAGUAUUUGACCAAUUUAAGUAAUGGUGUAGAGAGAAAGGUGUAGAUUAAUCUCUGACAAUGGAAGCAAUGCUGCUAAAUGAAAGAGGAGAAGAGCCCCAAGUCUAUAAUUUCUUAAAUGCAGAACAUUCACUAGGAAGUUGCAUGAAGGAAGCACCCUGCCCUUUGAGGGAAUAGUCAUAUUCUGUGAUUGACAAAUCUUAGCAUAUCACUGCAACACCAGAUAUGACUUGUGAGGCAACUUCUCACCUCUGGAUCAUUUGCUAAAUUCAUCCAAGUUCAGAGUCAUUUGGUGAGGGCAGUCUUGCAUACAAUGAAUUUAGCACACAGCCUGCAGAUUAUAACCAGAGUAUGGGGCUGAAAAUGCCAUGGCAACUAUAAUGUCCUCUCUCAUUCCUAGCAGGAGGGAAUAAACUUGUGUUGCUAAAUCUUGGAUUGUGUAAAUGCAUUGUGGAGAGCCAGAGCACAGUGGCUGCUUUCAGACAUUCCUUGACCAUAUAAUGUCACUAUAUUGUGUUUCUUGCUUGUUCCCUAUUACUCUAGGGGCAGCAGCUGUAAUGAUUUCUGGUCCACCUUCACUGGAUUCUACCUUGCUCUUCAUUUGAGGUUUGCAACAGGCAUAAAUUCUAGAUUAGAUAUAUUAAAAAUAUAUACCACCCACUUCAGGGAGUUUGUGAGGAAAUAAAUCCAUAAACAUUACAAAAAUGAGUAAAAAUAAAAUUAAGCACAGAUAACAAUCUAAAUUAAUCCAUUGAAAACCUCCAAGCAUGACAGCUGAAGUACAUAUUUGCUCAUUCCUAAAAGACCACUAAAAACAAAUACUUUAUAUAUUGCUCCCUAUCUAUUGGGAAACUGGUGACAUGCUGCAAUUUCUGACUUGCAUUUUAGAAAAGACAUUCACUCUAGAGGUCCAAUGUGUACAAGCCACAACAGAAACUUUUUUUUUGCACUUUUAGCCCAAUUUUAAAAAAUAAAGUAGCUCUGCAGUUCCUCAGUGCAGAUGCUAGAGAAGUCUGCCUGCUUUUGGCAUAAUGUCAGCACCAGUCUCCCCUAACAUUCAGCCAACAUCAGCCAGCCUGUUCACUUCAGGAAAAUACAUUUUCUUCAGUGUGCAUCAAGCUAAAGAAGCAUCCCCAAACUCAGCUGACAAACUGAAACAAAUUGAUCAUACUGCCAUCUGUACUUCUACCUUUGAGCACAACAUACAGCUCGCCGAGACCUCAAACAGUGAAUGCAAAUUGUCCCAGUGUUGUCCUGGUUCUAUCCCUUUCUCAUCUCUUGCUGGGUAUAUCUUAUUGUGGAAAAGAGGAUUUCACUGGUACAAGUGCAGCUAAUUGAGCCAGAAGGAACCACUGUGGCCCAUUGACUUCAACAAGCACCAGAACAACAGCUGUCCUACCUGCAUCAAGUUCAAAUCAUUUUGAGCGAAUUAGAUCUUAUAAGAACUAGAAGAUGAGACUGACCCAGUGACCCCAAAGGCCAAUAUCAUGUCUCUGAGAAUGACCUCUACCAGAUGGAUGCUUUGCAUGUAAGUUGCAAGACAUAAAACAGCUGUGGAACAACCUCCCUCUGUUGCUUCUAACAAAAAGGAAAAAUACCCUGAGCAAGAGAAUUCACAUUGUCUGACUAUUUUAGUUAACAGUUCUUGAACCAAUCCUUUACGGUUUUAUCUAACCCUUUUUUUAAAAAAAAACUUCUAGCUCUGCUAUUGGCUUUCACAAUAUCCCUGUUCAGUCAUUUGCACACUACUUAAGUACCGUAUGAAAGGAUUUUUCUUUAACGUAAGUACAACAGCAGUCGCACUCUGACUGUUUUGCUAGUAUAUUCAUUUUUUUAUAUGUGCAUAUUUCCUAUUUGGGUACUGUGAACCAUUUAUAGGCAAGCCAGAAUAGCUUAAAUAUAGACUUGAGAGAUCUAGGUGGUAUAGUUCAUGUAACACAUUAGAAUGAAAAGAGCAUGGUUCAGAUGAGAUUUAAUUACUUGUUAUUUUGAUUAAACGUUGCUGGGCUGCUGUCUCAAAAGACCUUUCUUACAUACCAGAUUAUGCUCAGAUGCUAUAAAAAGCCAUAGCUGCAAACUCUAUCCAACUACACCAUCUCUGCUUUUCCAUUCUCUCUUAUUUUAGGGAACAUCCAACUUUUAUGAGCUCUUUGUUUUCUUCUUUCUUUUUUGAAGUUCACAAAAAGGGCGUGUGUAAUGAUAUUUGGUGAUGUUAAGCCUCGGUGUAUAUGUUUAGAUGUUUGGCAAACUUGAAUAAAAUUUAGUAGAA